AUGUUUGCAAUUAUCUGUAGAAGAGGAGUAAUUAGGGUUCCGGGAAAAGAUUCAAUUUCUGUUGCCCUAAGAUUCCUCGCGCAUUUCUCCUGGGUGAACUCGUAUUCAACUUCAGAUGGCGGCGGCGGCGAUGCUGGAGGCCAAUCUUUGACCAUCUCUUACCUCGUCGGCGCGUGUGGGCUGCCGGAGAAGGCCGCCGUCUCUGCAUCAAAGAUUCUGUGCAUCAAAUCCCGAGAAAAUCCAGACGCGGUGUUGGAGCUCCUCAAAGACUACGGAUUCACAGAUUCCCAAAUUUCGAGGAUCGUUAGUAGAUGGCCGCGCGUUCUGCAAUGCAGCCCCGACAAAACCCUGAUGCCGAAGCUCGAAUUCUUCCGCUCGAUCGGCGUUCCCGAUUGUAUCGCGGCGCAGCGCCUAUCUGUCUUCCCUAGGAUCUUACAGCGCAGUCUCCGAAACCAUCUCAUCCCCUCGUAUAAUUACUUGAAAAGAUGGGUGCGAUCCGAGGAGAGGGUGGCGCUCGUGUUUAAACGCGCUCCGUUGGCGUUUUCGAGCGGCUGGCCGAAGGCGAUUCCGUCGAACGUGGCCAUGUUGAGAGAGAGAGGGAUGCCCGAGUCGUGUAUUGUUUCGUUGGUGGGGUGGAAGCCUAAUAUGCUGCUGCUCCGCCGCGAUAAGUUGUGUGGGUUUGUGGAUCGAGCUGCUGAGAUGGGAUUCGACGCGUCCACAAUGGCGUUCGUGAGUGCACUCCAGGUGUUCUACAGUAUGCCUGAGAGGGCUCUGCAGCGUAAAAUGGAGAUUUAUAGAAGCUGUGGGUGGUCCGAAGACGCGGCCACUUCGGUCUUCCUAAGGUUUCCCGCUUGCAUGGCGUUGUCCGAGACCAAAAUAAGAGCGAAUAUGGAUUUUCUGGUUAAGGAGCUGGGAUUCAAGCCCGUCGAGGUGGCCCGAUGCCCUUCGCUUCUGAGCUACAAUCUGGAGAGGAGGAUGAUGGGGAGGUGGAUGGUGGUCAGGGCUUUGGUUGCGAGAGGGUUGUUGAAGAAGGAGCCCAUCGCCGCCACCGCCAUCUCCACCUUGUUCAAAAUGGCCGAGGACAAGUUCGUCAAGAGCUACAUUGUUGAUCAUCAACAAGAGAUUCCUCAGCUCCUCGACUUGUAUCGAGGCAACUUGAGCCUCUCUCAACUUCUAACGUCUGAUUGAAAGAGCGUCGCGUGUUUCGUUGAUUGCUUAGCUUAUUCAAUCCUCAACUUCAUCUGUCGCGAAUUUGGAUAGUUGAGCUAAUUCCUAUAUAGAUUAGACUAUGGUUUAGUUUAGGAGCAUAUAGCUCAUAUUCUACCAAACUUGAUGGCUUUCUUUGCUUCUGUGAUUUCUUUUGCGCCCAUAUUGGGAAGUAACGAUGGGUCAGUUAGUUAUGAUUCUAUUCAUAUGCCUUAUUUGACUCGCUGUAUAAUUAUUAAUUUACCCUAUUAUUAAA